AUGGUCUUCUCUUUUUUGCAUAAAAUUGUACAAAUUUUUGCUGAGUACUUUAAGGAGUUGGAAGAAGAGAGUAUUCGAGACAACUUUGUGGUUAUUUAUGAACUACUUGAUGAAGUCAUGGAUUUUGGUUAUCCCCAGACAACAGAUAGUAAAAUUUUACAAGAGUACAUCACUCAAGAAGGUCACAAACUGGAGAUUGCCCCCCGACCUCCAAUGGCUGUUACCAACGCUGUGUCAUGGAGAUCAGAGGGAAUCAAAUACAGGAAGAAUGAGGUUUUCCUGGAUGUGAUUGAAUCGGUCAAUUUAUUGGUGAGUGCUAACGGCAAUGUGCUGCGCAGUGAGAUUGUUGGCUGCAUCAAGAUGCGUGUCUACCUGUCUGGUAUGCCUGAACUGAGACUCGGGCUUAAUGACAAGGUGCUCUUUGAGAGUACAGGAAGAGGAAAAAGCAAGUCAGUCGAGUUGGAGGACGUGAAGUUCCACCAAUGCGUCCGCUUGUCCAGGUUUGAAAAUGAUCGGACCAUCUCGUUCAUUCCCCCCGAUGGAGAGUUUGAACUCAUGUCCUACCGUUUGACCACACAUGUGAAGCCACUUAUCUGGGUGGAAUCUGUGAUUGAACGACAUGCACAUAGCCGUGUAGAAUACAUGAUCAAGGCUAAAAGCCAGUUCAAACGUCGUUCAACUGCUAACAAUGUGGAGAUAAUUAUUCCCGUCCCCCAGGACGCAGACUCCCCUAAAUUCAAAACUACUGUCGGCAGCUGCAAAUACACUCCAGAAGUUAAUGCUGUCAUCUGGACAAUCAAAUCUUUCCCAGGUGGCAAGGAGUAUUUGAUGCGGGCACACUUUGGACUACCAAGUGUCAUUGGUGAAGAUUCAGAGGGCAAACCUCCUAUUCAAGUCAAAUUUGAAAUUCCAUACUUCACAGUUUCAGGCAUUCAGGUACGUUACUUGAAGAUCAUUGAGAAAAGUGGUUACCAAGCCCUUCCCUGGGUGCGCUACAUCACCCAGAACGGAGACUACCAACUGCGUACUAAUUAG